AUGCAAGCCCACGUACUCGUUCUGGCACUUUUGGUGUCUUGCAUCAACGGUUUCUCCUGGGGCGGCGACAAGAGAGCUGCAGAGUUUGUGCCCGUCUCGAAGCAAAAUUCCAGGCUUUCGAAUGUCUAUGCUUCCGCUCUCAGCGAGCUCCAGGAGCUUGAAUCGGAGCCUCUCUGCCAUCGUGUGGCCGCCCGGCUCCUGGUGAACAACUGCCAGGUCCUUGACGGAAAGGACGAAGCCACGGUUCUCACAGAUAGUGGGCGACAGGUCCGGGACUUUGUCGACUCGUAUGCCGCUAGCCUCGCAAUUUGCGACCUUGAGCGAGGCGGCUUUGCGAUACCGGCAGACUGCGCGAAGUUUCGCGAGCCGGCGCUCAGUCUCCUCGUCAUCAGAAAUGAGCCGCGGCUACACGUAAGCCUGAAAGAAAUCAAGCAGUGUCUCUCGGCACUGGGGACAUCGGAUGCCGCAUGGAGUACGUGGGUGAGCUAUCGCCACAAGGCGCUGGGAUUUUGCCAGGCUGCCCGAGCGGAUAUUGAAAAAGAUCAGCAUAUUCUGCUCUACCAACGACUCACCAAAAUUAUUGCAAAGCUCACCGAUAGCGUAGAGGCCGAUCUGCAGAAGCGACUGGAAGAGCUUGACAAUCGCGCCAGGCAGUCGGUCGAGAAACUUGAGCGGCUAACACCACAGGUUGAUCACCUCAGCGAGGGGCUGGCGAAGGUGCAAAAAUAUCUGUCGAGCGAUCUGCUUUCGGCAUUGGGAAGGUCAUCAGAAUCCGCUCGCAACGGUCUACGACUUGCAGAGAACCUACAACAACUUGUGAACGUCAUGGCCACCAAUGCCCUGGACAGCAACUCUCAGCUGGCUGCUGCCCAAGAGAAGUCACAGCAGGUGUCAAAGAAGGUCAACGAAGAAAUGGAAGCUCUACUGGUCGUGGUUUCAACGGCUGUUUCGACAGCCAUGGUUUCCUCAAAUAUGGUCCAACAGCAGAUAGAAGCUUCGAACCAACAAGCUGCAUUGCUCGCGCAACGCCAGGACACUCUUGAGCAGGGAAUGAAUCGACUCCUCACAACCACCGAGGCUCUAUCCACGAAGCUGGAGGACCACUCCAGCAUGCUGAAGCAGGCCAAUAACAUCACAAACGACAUCUUGAACGGACUCGAGGAUACGGCCAAGGCAGCGUCAUCGCUAAGUGGAUCCCUCUUCACCACUGUCACGUCGCAGAGCUGGUGGCCUUUUGUCGUCUUCCCGGCAGCUUCCCUGGUUAUGGGAUCAUAUGGGCUUCCGCCUUCCAUCUUUCGAAACCUGGGUCUCUUGGCGUUGGGUGAAGCCAUUGGCGUUGUGGUUUCGUCUUACCAUAAAAUCUCCAGCCACUUAUUCCUGUCUGCGGCAGGAGUCUCCUUGAACAGUACUGCAUCUGCACUCUGA